GAACUCCGUAUGCUCAGCUGGUACAGCAUGUAACUAUUGAGAUUGCAGGGUCUUGCCAUCUUCGUCGAUUUUCACUGAAGGCGUACUCUCUAUCAGAUGCCGUUGAUAAUUCUGCUCGGGCACUGUCGACUUCGUCACAAAAUCGACAUUUGCAUAUAAGCAGAGCCGGACAUCGUUGUCGCAAUGUGGACCACUAGCGAUACCACAGGAUGGCCGAAAACUCAGCGCUUGAAGUACUUCCUGAUUCGUUUGGAAGCGUUCUUAUCGAAUUUCUUAUGGUGCCGAUCCUGUAUGGUGUCACAAUCGUUCAAACUUAUAUCUACAUAUAUAAGGGUAAACAUGAUCACAUAUGGAUGAAGAGUAUGGUGGGUGCAAUAUGGGUGAUAGAAACUGUGCACACCGCUGCCGUUUGUCGCCUCAUCUAUUUGUUCACCAUCAGCGCUGUCACUGAUCCAACCAUCUUCUUCUUCAUCGAUUGGAGCGCUGCUAUGGUGAUGUUUGCCGAACUAUUGAUAACUGUGGCCGUUCAAGGUUUCUAUAUAUGGCGCAUUUGGAUCUUGAGUAACCAUAAGAAAAUCCUGGUUUCAAUCGUGGCACUUGCGUUUUUCAUUCGUAUCGUUUUCGUUAUGUCGACAACUGUAUAUCUAAUUAUUUGCCCAACUUGGACGGACUAUAUUCUGGAGAAUCGCGUGUCCAUUCUUGUGAUCAAAGCCGCAAUUUACUCAUCUGUCGUGGACAACUUCGCCAUCGCCGGAACCACAAUUUAUUAUCUUUAUCAUAGAAAGACCCGAUUCCCAAGUGAUCGCAGUCAAAGCGUCAUACGAUGGUUAAUGGCUUAUUCGAUACACAGUGGGGCCAUUAUGAUAGUUCUCGCCAUCGCGACACUUAUUACUCUUGCUUGUUUGAAUGGCAGUCUUGUGUAUGCAGGUCUCAUAGCGAUCGAUGCAAAACUAUUGGCAAAUUCCUUACUCGGCUCUCUGAAUGCUCGAGCGACGUUGCGCUCUAAGAUGGUCAACGGUGCGGUAAACGCGGACUCAACGAACUUCGAACUGUUUAGCGUUUCAAGUUCGUCCCGUGGGCGGGUCCUAGAGGUACAAGGAGAUACACUGCCAGCAACAGUCAUGGACAUCCGACAUAAGAAUGAUGGUGAAAAUGAUUGGUCAGUUGAUAGUGAAAUCCAUGAACGUAGCGCCCCACGCGAUAUAUAACCUUUUUAUGGACAAACACUCAUCACAAUCGACCUCCCACGCUGCCAUUUGAAUGUAUUAUAUGACUAUUCAUGGUAUCAUGAUUCCUAACGGGACGCUUCCUCCUCCCGCAGCUAUAACAAGCUCAAGACUGGCUUCUCCGGUG